UAAAUGAUAUUGGAUAUUGUAUCGUGUCACCAAUUCAAUAACUGCGUUACUUCAUUGCUUUGAAAUGUGGGGCGUCCCGUAUUCAUCUGCACUGUUUAUUUUCAUUGUAAAUGUAAUUCAGGGAGCUGAAUUGCCACAUGGAGUUCCAAUGUCAAAAUCGUCAUUUUACCAAGUAGGCCAUCCAUUUACUUGUUUGGAUGGUUCAUCCACUAUAUCAUGGUGGAAGGUCAAUGAUGAUUAUUGUGACUGCCGUGACGGCUCAGAUGAACCUGGUACAUCUGCUUGUCUCAACGGUCGUUUUUCUUGUCGUGAUUUACAAUAUAGACCCGUUUUACUUCCUUCUGCCUACGUAAAUGAUAGUGUUUGUGAUUGUUGUGAUGGAAGUGAUGAAUAUGGAGAUGUUGAACGGUGUCCAUCAACUUGUGGAGCUUUGGAGGCAUCACUUCGUGAAGCAAGAUCUGUGAAACGUAAUCAACUUGAACAAGGGCAUAAAAUAUUCAGAGAGUAUGUUGAAAACUUAAAAGAACGCAAGGCUAAAGGACUUUUUGAAGAAGUAAAACCCACAGAGCAACAUGAUUCUCAUCAUAAUUUACAAUUGGAGACUAGUCGUGAUGAAAAUCCACUACCAAGCAAUGAAGACAGUGCUCAACCUCAUUUAUCCAAUAAUGAUAAUAAUAAUAAUAAUAAUAAUAAUAAUGAUAAUAAAGAACACGCAACACAGGCAGUUGAACAACAGCCUAAACACAACAAUGAAGAGAAUGAACUUUCUGAACCACAUCAUGAUGACGAACAUCAUUUUGAUUUAGAGGAACCAGAUCAACAGCAUCAUUAUGAUGAAGAUGAUCAUCACGAUGAACAAAAUGAUGAUAGUCGACACGAUCCUGAAGCACUACCAAGUCAUGAAGAACCUAUCGAUUCUCAACUUAAACCAAUUCCCGUUUCAAUUGAUUAUGGUCCAGAGGAAGGCUUUCGUAUGUUGACCGAGUUACCGGAUGGUUGUUUAGAAGUAGACGAUCGAGAGUACACCUACAGUCUAUGCGCUUUCAAAUCUGUUCAUCAAAGACCACUUGGUUCAUCGAAAUCCGAUGUAGGCACAUGUAUUGGUAGAUGGGGUCGUUGGUUAGAAGGUGAUACAAAUGAAAAAUCUUAUGAAGUUAUGUAUUAUGAAAAUGGAAUGAGCUGUUGGAAUGGACCAACUAGAUCUACAAAGGUAUUUGUUCACUGUGGUGAUACUAAUAAAAUUACAUCAGUGAGUGAACCAUCUCGAUGUGAAUAUGUUAUGCAAUUAAUCACUCCUGCUGCGUGUAGUGAAGAUCCUGAUCAAUUGUUUAAACGAUUACAUCCAGAAUUGUAAAAAAAAUUUCCCUGUCAAACAUUUCUUCCACACCACCACCGCCGUCGCCGCUUUCGCCGCUUCCUACUCCUCCUAGUAAAUCAUGAAACAAAUAACAAUUGUGUAAAAACAAUUGAUUCGUAACUUUUUUGUAUUGCUAUUGCUAUUGCUAUUAUUAUUAUUAUUGUUAUUAUUAUUAU